CGCUUGCGGCGCGGACAGGUGGCAGGUGGCCGCCGCAGUGGCCCAGGGAGGGAGGGAGGGAAGCUCGCUCUGCUCCUCCUCCUCCUCCCCCCCCUCCCCGGUUGGCCCGUCCAGCGCCGCCUUUGCAGCGAGCGGAGGCGCUUCCCCGACGGGGCUGGGCGGCUAUGGAGGCUGGGGCUGCGGGGGAGGCCGCUGCGGCCGGAGGGGCUGCCUCGCAGGUGGAGGAGGGCUGGUUCCGCGAGACCUGCAGCCUGUGGCCCGGGCAGGCGCUCUCCCUGCAGGUGGAGGAGGUGCUGCAUCGCCAGCGCUCGCUCUUCCAGGAGAUCUUGGUCUUCCGCAGCAAAACCUACGGGAACGUCCUGGUCCUUGAUGGAGUCAUCCAGUGCACGGAGAGGGAUGAGUUUUCCUACCAGGAAAUGAUCGCCAACCUCCCUCUGUGCAGCCAUCCAAACCCUCGGAAGAUACUGAUUAUCGGUGGCGGCGAUGGCGGAGUCUUAAGAGAAGUGGUCAAGCAUCCUUCCGUUGAGUCGGUGAUACAGUGUGAAAUCGAUGAGGACGUGAUCCAGGCCUCUAAGAAAUACCUCCCCAGCAUGGCCGUGGGCUACUCCAGCCCGAAGCUGACGCUCCACGUUGGGGACGGCUUUGAAUUCAUGAAGCAGAACCAAGAGGCUUUUGACGUGAUCAUCACCGAUUCCUCUGACCCCAUGGGUCCAGCCGAAAGCCUGUUUAAGGAAUCCUAUUACCAGUUGAUGAAAACCGCCCUGCGGGAAGACGGGAUUCUCUGCUGCCAAGGGGAAUGCCAGUGGCUGCACCUUGAUCUCAUUAAAGAGAUGCGCCAGUUCUGUAAAUCUCUCUUUCCGGUGGUUGAGUACGCCUACUGCACCAUUCCGACAUAUCCCAGCGGCCAGAUUGGCUUCAUGCUUUGCAGCAAAAAUCCAAACACGAACUUCAGGGAACCGAUCCAGCUACUUUCUCAGGAACAAGUGGAAAACAUGACCCUUAAGUAUUACAACUCGGACAUCCACCGAGCGGCUUUUGUCUUGCCAGAAUUUGCACGAAAGGCACUGAGUACUGUGUAAAAAAAUGCCAACUUGGCCUCUUCCGUUUGAACUUCUGGAGGUCUCGGAGUGGCAUCACCGUAGCAGCAGAUUUUCUCCGGCGAUGGCUCGGCCCUCCCGUCUGCAAGCCUGGGCACAACCCUCUCUGCCAGCUGGGCCUCCCUUCCUAUUAUGUAUUUAAAAGAAAAGAACUUGGUGUUCGGCCCCUGGCAAGACUCCAAAAUAUCUACUUAAGCUUCGGUUGCAGGCUCUGCUCUCCUUCCAGCCGGCGUUUCCUUUUUAACUGCCCCGAUUUCAUGGCUCUGUAUUUAUAGCUAACAAAUAUUUCCUCUCCCCAGCUCUUUUUCUGAUGCUUCCCCCUGUAACUCAGCAGAGGGGCCUGAUUUGGCAGCAUCCCCUUUCCCUCGAACAGUGCGAUGUUUUCGAAAGCAAACACCCGCUUCUCAUCUCAUCCCCCUCAUGUUCGUCUUCCGUAGGAGAAGCAGGUCCCUCGGUUUUACUGUUUGGGUAUUUUGCCCUUUCCCUGGAUUUUUUUUAGCUGACCCGAGAAGCGUCUGCCAGCUGUAAACUCUGCUUUGCCCGCCUGUCAUCACGAGAGAAGAGGCUCCUUCCGUUUGUGCCGCCGGAAACAUCCGUAUCAUCGGAGAGUUUCCAGCGACAGUGAAUCUGGGCCUUUUCCACACAACCGCUCCCAAAUUAACUGUCGUAAUCAUGCAUCUUUGUUAAGCCGUUGCAGAAGCAGCCUGGAAAUGAAAUUAACUCUCGCUCCCAGAAUCGUUUUGUACAAAUGUGAAGAUAAUAACCGUGGCGUUUCACAGGUGGUUUGCAAAAACGGCAAAUACCUUUUUUUGAGCUGGUUGUUCUGCUGCAAGUGGCCAAAUUCCCAGCAUGAUGGUAAAGCAGGUGCCCUUGGACCCGGCCAUGCCCAUCUUUCAAAUACCAAGAUAAGAUGCCAGUCGUCUUGGUUCAAAAUAAGGGCCAAGGUCUGGGAAUUCUGGGGGCUGUACCCCAAAAGAUCUGGGGAGGAGAGGUGACCUGUCAAAGAGAUCCCUGAUUUUAGCCAGUUCCCCUUGUCACUCAUUCUGCCUUGUGGGGAAAUUGUGCCUAUGUAUAGACUGGAAGGGUAUGUCUGUAUGUAUGGUUUUGUUUCCUUUUUUUAAAAAAAAAAAACUUUAAAAUUG